AUGUCUGCGCCCUCGUACUCCCUUUUCUGCAUGGGCAACCCGCUGCUCGACAUGCAGGUCCGCAACGGCGAACAGCUCCUCGAGAAAUACGGGCUCAAAGCCAACGAUGCGAUUUUGGCAGACGAGAAACAGUCCGAGAUAUACGAUGAAUUGGUGAAGGAACAUCAAGUGACAUAUGUCGCUGGCGGCGCGGCGCAGAACGCCGCCCGCGGAGCAGCUUACAUCCUCCCUCCCGGAUCCGUUGUGUACACUGGUGCCGUCGGCGACGAUGAGCUCGCGGAGCAGCUCAAGGCCGCUAACAAGCGCGAGGGCCUCGACCAGGUGUACCAGGUCAAGAAGGGCGAGAAGACAGGCGCGUGCGCGGUCGUUAUCACCGGCCACCACCGAUCCCUCGUCACUACCCUGCGCGUCGCUGAGAAAUUCGAAAAGUCGCACUUGUCGUCGCCUGAAGUUGCGCCUCUUGUCGAGAACGCCAAGUUCUUCUACAUCGAGGGAUACUUCCUCACACACGGCGUCGAGUCCGCUCUCGAGCUGAGCAGCAAAGCCUCCGCCGCAGGCAAGACAUUCGUCAUGAACCUCUCCGCGCCAUUCAUCGCCCAAUUCUUCGGGGAGCAGCUUAACCAAAUCCUGCCGCACACCGACAUCAUAAUCGGCAACGAAGCCGAAGCCGAAGCAUGGGCAACCGCGCACAACUACGCAUCCACGACAGACCUCGCAUCCAUCGCCAAGCAAAUCGCGCUGCUCCCCAAAUCGAACCCGGCGCGCCCGCGCGUCGUCGUCUUCACCCACGGCGCGCAGAGCACGGUGCUGGUGAGCGCGGACAGGCCGGAUGAGGCGAGGGUGUUUGAUGUGGAUGUGCUGGCGGAUGAUAAGAUUGUGGAUACGAAUGGCGCGGGGGAUGCGUUUGCGGGUGGGUUCGUUGGUGCGCUUGUGGCGGGCAAGGACCUUGAGGGUGCGGUGUUGGCUGGCCAUGCGCUUGCGCGCCAGUGUGUGCAGCAGGUUGGACCACAGUACCCCUGGCCAAAAGUCGACAUCUUGUAG